ACCAACAUGGCCGCCAUGGAUGCUCCGCGCGCCGCUGAUCUCGUGCGGACCGCCUCGCAGUCGUCGGCCAUCUCCAGCCCGCGCAACCGCAGCCUGCAGCGAGACGCCGCCUCGCCCGACACCGUCAAGGCCGUGCCCCCGCCAGACUUUGCCGCCGCCGCCGCCGCCACCACCACGACGCCCACGUCGACGGUCCGCAAGGUCACCAAGUCGACGCAGCAAAUCGUCGGGAGCCUGGUCGCCGCCGCCGCCUCGUCGACCAACGACCGCUCCGCCCUGUUCGACGACACCCCCGCCGAAGCCGCAAACGUCCCCGGCAACCUGCAUUUUGCCAGCGACGACAACAUCCACCAUGCCCUGCGCCACACGGGCGCCGUCGCCCUGGUCAAGCAGCUGGCCGGCGACCUGGCCCAGCGCGAUGCCCAGAUCACCGCCCUGCGCCGCCGAGCCGAGGAGCGCGAGCGCAUGCUGAGGAAGAUGCUGCAGGAAUGCGAGGUCUCCAACAUGGACAUUGAGAACAGGCUCCGCGACCUCGACCGCACCCGCGACCACGCCAACGGCCUCACCAAGACGAGGACACGCGGCGACAGCACAUCCGCCGGCCUGCACCCCGACGACCCCAUGGAGGACAGGCUCGCCCGAGCCAUGGAGGACGAGCUGGCCGAGCAUCCAGAUGCGCUGGGCAUUGACACGGGCAGCGCACCUCCCCUGGCAGACGUCUUGUCGCUCAACUCGCUCGCAUCAGACGCCGCACGCGACACGCCCAGGUCAAACUGGAAGAGCUACAUUUGGACGGGCACCAGUCGCAAGAGCAGCAGGGCCCCCUCAAUCGCCAGCUACAUUGACCGCGACGCCGACAGCCUGCCACCCGGACCACGAUCGCGCGCAUCGAGCGGGGCUAAGCCGCCUCGCAAGCCUCUCACCAGCGAGACCUUUGUGCAGCCCCCUGCCCAGGGCGCUGCUGUGCCUGCGCUACGCAGACUCAACAGCCAAGAUCGCUCGACAGAUGGGCCGGCGCGUAGAUCGUCGUCGUCAACCUCGCUCGCUAGCUGGGCGCUGAAAAUGGUCGCAGGCAACACGGCUGCAAGCCCAAACAAAGCAGCCACGGCACGGGGCCGCAAAAUGACGGCCUCUGAUGCUGCGGAUCGCGCACCCUCCAUGGACUCGACCAAGACGGCCCAAUCCACAAAGUCCUUGGCAGGCACCCAGAAGCGAGGACGUGCCCUGGGCCCAAAUGGGACCAUCAAGAGUAUCGCCGGAGAGCAGCCCAAAGCCUCGUCUGGCAGUCUUGGUACAUCCCAGCCCGCGCGCAACAUGAGCAAUCUCGGCCCUGUGGAAAUGGACCGAAUUCUGCCCGAAGACUCUCGCCCGCCAACGCUUGUACAGCAACACAACAGGUUCUUCGGUAGCAGUGAGUACUUGACCGAUAGAUUUGGCUUCAUCUACGAUCAGCGCCGCAAGAAGCGACAGAGCGAGGCUGCCGCCGCCCUUGUCAAGCAAAAGCGGACCAGCAACGUCGAAUCCCUUGGCGAUGGGAGGACCGCGCUCAACAACCUCGCAAAGGGAGAUGACCACGACGGCGACGUCGACGCGGCGGCAAGCGAGCAGAACAACGGUACCCUGCGCCCGUCUAGCUCGGAUUCCGACAAUCUGUCCAGCCAGCCAGCGAGCAAAACUUGGGCCGACUACUUGAAACUGGCCACACAUCCAACCGAGCUGCUUUCGCAUACCCCGUCUGCGGCGCCCAUCACCACAGUAGAGUCGGUCGAAGGAGAGACGUCUGCCUUCAAGAUUGGCCAGAGCCAGAUCACCCUGAUGAAGCGGGGGUCUGUGCCAGCCAUUAGUGCCAACCCAGAGCCAUCGCCGUCUCGUAUUGUUUCUGGUAAUGCCGAGAUUUCUGUCACGACCACGUCGCCUGGGCCAACUACACCCACCAGCCCGUACCAGUCGUCCAUGGACCCGGUACAGUCUCUGCUGGAGCAGAUGAGCGAGCUGCAUGACAAUCUCCAAAAAGAACGAACCGUCAAGUGGAAUGACUUUCUCCGCAAAGUGCGCGCUCAGAACAAGCGCGAAGGCGAAGUGGCCAGUACGGGUGAGAAUGGCAAAGGCAAUGCAAUGCCGGAAACCUUUCUCUCAGACGGCGAGCUGGUCGGCAUCGCAGGCCUGGGCAACAAAGGCAAAGUCGGCCGUGCCAAAUGGCAAGAGUUUCGCCGCCUCGUCCUGGGUGGCAUCCCUGUUCAUAUGAGAGCCGCCAUCUGGGCUGAGGGAAGCGGAGCGCUGCAUCUGCGUACGCCAGGCUACUACGAAGACUUGGUCAAAAACGGCCAAGACGAUCCCGCCAUUGCAACCCAGAUACAGAUGGACAUUACUCGCACAUUGACUGACAACAUCUUCUUCCGGACUGGCCCCGGCGUGCAGAAGCUACAGGAAGUACUGCUUGCCUACUCGCGCCGUAACCCAGAGGUUGGAUAUUGCCAGGGCAUGAACCUCAUUGCUGCAUGUUUACUUCUCAUCAUGCCAACGCCCGAAGACGCUUUCUGGGUCCUCACCGCAAUGAUUGAAGAGAUCCUACCGCAGCACUACUACGACCAGCACUUGCUGACCUCUCGCGCCGACCAGGCUGUGCUUCGCUCAUACGUUGCUGAAAUCCUCCCUAGGCUAUCUGCUCAUCUUGAUGCCCUAGAAAUCGAGCUCGAGGCUUUGACCUUUCAAUGGUUCCUGUCCGUCUUUACAGAUUGCUUAUCCGCCGAAGCCCUCUUCCGCGUCUGGGACGUUGUCCUCUGCAUGCAUGACGGCUCCACCUUUCUCUUUCAAAUUGCCCUUGCACUUCUCAAACUCAACGAAAAGGCUCUCUUGCAAUGCGAUGCCCCAGCUGGCGUAUACCAUUACAUCAACCAUCAAAUGACCAAUCACGCCAUCAGUAUCGACGGUCUCAUUCAAGCGUCCGACGCGCUCGGAAAAGUCAUCAAGCGCAAAGACGUCGAAGAGCGCCGUGCAAAAGCCGUUGCCCACGAACAAGAACUCAUACGACAAAGAGACGAAGCCCGUGAAGAGCGAGCCCGCAAACGAGCCAGCAAGGCCUCUCUCGACGCUGUAUCAUCACCGCUCCCCACGCAGCUAGAAGAAGGAGAAGAAGAAGAAGAACAAGAAGACGCAAAGUCCCUUUCCGCAAGUCUCGAUGCCGAACUCGCAAUGCAAACCAGCCCCAUGCGCACACCACUCUCAACGGCAAGCAAGCGAUCUGAAGAGGAAGAAGACGCCGAGUUGAUGAAUCGCACUCUUGAAAUCUCCGACCGAACACCAAUGCCCAUGGACGAGGAAUUUACAUGGCGCGCUUGA